AUGGCUACUGACCCCUCAUCUAAUUUCGCCGGUAAACGCAAUCAUGCAAGAAAGAACACUCCUGUGAUUCCAGCCCUGCCUUUGUCGCUAUUAAAAAAGACGCAGAGACUUCACACACCCACUCCUUCUCACGAUGCGCAAAUUCGGUCUGCCACGAGCGCUUCUGACCAAACAAAAGCAAAAACCGAAGAUCCAGCUGAGGCCGGUAAAUCAGAGCCGGACCAAGUUCGAGACGUGGUCACUCUUGCAGAAGCUCAGCAUACCAACCAAACAACCGAAAAUGAGAUAGAUCAGGUUGGCAAGGUCGAGGUAGUCAACGAACCAGCUUCGCAGGAAACAUCCAUUGGUAGUGAGCAGAUUCCUCUUGUGCAACCACAAGAAGCCUUCGAGCAAGAGACUCUCCACAACGAAGCUGUCCCAUCAUCAGAGAUACAGCUUCCUGAAUCCUCACAAACACCUCAGUCACAGCCACUAUCAGAAGGAACAUUCGAACCUCAAGCGACCUCUGACGAGACCAACGGUAACGAGGUGCUGGAUGCAUCCAGCAACGGAAAAGUGCACCUUGUGGAAGACGAAACGCAACCUUUUGAGCUCGAAAUCUCAAGUGCCGAGCCCAGCAGCACGACCGGGUUGACUGACUAUGGAAGUGCUACUGGUGAAUCUACUUUGGAGACUGUGGUCGAUAAUGCAGACUAUGGUCGAAAAGCUAUGAGCCUGUCGCAUCGAACAUCGGAAGUGGCUCCUGAAGCCCUCACUAAUGGAUACCUUCCUCAGUCGCCUCAUGGCAGUAAUACUCUGCUUCAAGCUAACGGCUCAUUGCCUACUCCAGCUCCAAAACCGACGAUUCUACCAAGCAUUCAGGAGCAUCUCUUGUUCCUUGCAAGUUCAAAGCAGUUCUUCGACACGAUUAUUUACGUGAAUCAUCCCGAUCGAUCCUACCAUCCCUCUGAGCAUUUUGGACACUACCUGUUCCUCUCAAGAAGCAACGGUUUAGCAAAGUCGAUGUCCGAACCUGACCCCACUGGACAACCACAAGCUAUCCAGCUGUACCCCGCGAGAAACAUUCUACCUCAUGCAUUCGAGGCUGCUCUACGUUUUUUCUACUCCGACCACAUUCUUGCAGCGCAAGCAGUACUACCUCAGGUUGGUUAUCAAAACAAAGAAGCUAAAGAACAAACUUUCGAGUAUGUUAUGUCAUACUGGUUCGCUGGCAUUGAACUCGGUCUCCAGCCAGUUAAAACACGGUCUUAUGAGAUGGUGCAGGAGCUAGUUGAUUGGGACUUGGCUGACAUGGUGGCUAAAGAGCUUCAAGUUCUCCGAGCGGCCGAAGUGACCAUGUCCACCAUAUCCGUGAAGACUGAAGUUCAAGCCGUUGCUGACAGUCUCGCUCAGCUUCUCACACGCCUGUUUGUGAGCCAACUGAACAUCAGCGGUUUCACUCUUGAUCCCUCCGCACCAUCAUGGCCAUUACGCAGCAGGUUCGCGCAACUCGAGCUUCCGAGGUCUAGCAAUCCUGCGCUUUCUGGGAUGGUGUUCGGCUCUUUGCCCUCUGAGCCGCUGCCACAAGUAACAUCUCAGUCAAAUACCUCAGCAAUCUUGCUCAACUUGAAUUCCAAGGAUUUCAAACAUAUUGCAGACGAAAUCAUUGUCCUCCACGGAUCUCGUGGCGUGGGACUGAUCCAAGAAGUCGUUCAACAUCGGGAAGACAAACGACAACAGGUUGUAAGCAAUCGGGCCGUGCCUAAUAAGCAGAGAGUGGCCGACUCGCCAGCUUGGAGUGCUGCAGGCUGGAGAGAGUAUGUUGACGAAGCUGGAUAUGUGAUUCAGGAGAGUGUGGGAUUUCUGUUACCGUCAAAGAGUCGUUAG